AUUCCUGUUCAUUAUCUAAUUUGCCGAUCGUUUACAGGCUCACGUGCCCCGAGCCCUAUUUCGUCAGCGAGGGUCUCUACGCUUCUCUCGAGGAGUUGGAAAACACGCGCGAGGUUACCCUACACGUGAUGACCAUCGGCAGCUUCAUCGAGGAUCCGGCGAAGAAAGAUGAUUUUACCGCAAUUAGUUCUGCUUUGCGUCAAUAUCUUCCCGAGCGGAAUACACCAUAUAUUUUAGACAUCGAUCUGGACUUCUUCAGCACUAAAAAUCCUUUCAAAUCUCUACAUGAUCGUAUAAAUCUCUACGAGAAACUCGCACCCCUCUACGCUUUCAAUCGGCCUAACUCAACAGAUCCUGAGAUCCUGAAGGAGACGACCGCUGCGAGGAACGAACAGCUCACCGAGUUGGAAAACCUCUUCGACUAUUUGGAUGAACACAGGAGCCUGCAGGGUUACGAGGGCGAGAAAUCGGCGCGAUAUGAGGCAGUGGAAUUAAUCUAUCGUGAACUGACCAGCGUUUACAAGCAAUCGGAAAUUGAUUGGAAAAUAAUACACAAUGCAGGUUGCACUAGAGAUGAUACUGAUUUGCCAGACCAUGUUACUGCGCCUAAUGACCUCAAUCGAUUAAUCAGCGUAACAUUCAGAUCCUUUUUGACUGCUCUGCCGACUCCUCCUACGAUCGUAACAAUUGCAAGAUCCAGCGAAGACGAAUAUUGUCCGUCAGAGGACGUCGAUCAAAUUCAGAUGGCAGUGCUCGAAGAACUUCGUGAAUGUUUAGGAGAUAUCGACAUCCAAUUGGCUUAUCAAGAAGAGGAGCAAUCUUUUUAAACAUCGAAACAUAACCACCCUUUCCUUUAAUCGAAUCGAAUUAAUCGAGUUAAUCGAAUAAUGUUCAUUUCGAUACAAUAAACGUUUUUACAAAAUA